AUGGGUAUCACUCCAACGACGCCCAAGAUGGAGGCAAAUCCUGCCUCCUCCGCCGUGCCCACCUCCCCGGCCACCCAGAUUAAGAACCGUCGCAAGCGUUACCUGGACAUGCACCCAGACAACCGCACAGACCCCUUGCUCUAUGACCGUUUGAUCCGCCGUUUCCAGACUCCCGCAGAACGAGAAGCCGAAGGACGCGCCAAAGGAUUUUCCGGUGUCCUCCAGGCGGACCUGUGCCGCUCCGAAGCGAAAUUCGAGGCGUUGAACCACCCGGACCCCCACGCCAUGUUCAGCUACACCCGGGGUCCGAACGGGGAGAUCCUCGCCGAGGACAGAGACGAGAUCCCGCCCAGCAAGGAGGAAGGCGAGAAGCUGUGGCAGUGGGAGAUGACCAUGCGGUUCCUGCGGGGCGAGGAUACGGAUUUCGACUACGCCACCGUCGAUCACAAUGAUGAAUAUGACGAUUGGAACGAGGCGCAGGAACAGUACUUUGACGACGAGGAGCCGGAAUGGAUUGUCGAGGGCGAGGGCGAGGGCAGUGGGGAUGUCAGGUCUCGGCUUCAAGGUGAGACUGGCAUUCAGGACUUUUGA